GGCGGAGAGCUGCGAUGCUCCUCGAAGUCUCCCUCAGACUGCCAAGCACACAAUGACAGAGUCCGUCCAGUAGAGCAACAUGUCACAUUGUGGAUAUUUUAUAUGGAUUUUCAUCUCCUCAUGGGGACUAAUUGCGGGCAAUGUGAGGACUCUACCUCAUGUAACAAAGUACCAAACAGUGAUACCUCAGAAGCUGAAGGAUUCGCCUCUUUUUACGGAUGCUGCUGCACAGAAGAAAUACCCUGAUGUACUCCAGUACUCUGUGAUGAUUGCAGGGACAAACUACACUCUGCACUUGGAAAAGAACAAGGAUCUUUUGGGGAAAAACUUUUCUGUGACAUACUAUUCUGAUCAGGGCACAGAAGUCUCCAAUACAUCUGAUCCUGGGGGUCACUGCUACUACCACGGACACAUUGUGGGAGUGGAGGACUCCUCCGCCAGCAUCGGACUGUGCUCAGGCAUGAAGGGGUUUAUAAGUCUCCAGGACCAGAUGUACCUCAUUGAACCUCUGGCUGAAGAGGGACAGCAGGGUGAGGGAGAGGCCUCUGAGGCUCACAGCGCCGAGGGUCUUCAUGCCGUUUACAACUACAAACACCUGAGAAGGAAGAGGAGCUCCUGUUCCCAUGGAAACACGACCACUUUCUACGAUCAUGGAGCUCGUCCGUCUGGACUGUUCCAGCUCGGCAGUCUGAAAAGCAGAGCCCAGGUUAAAAGUCAUCCUGAAAAACCCAGGACUGUGGAGCUGGUUGUGGUGGUCGACAACACAGAGUAUAAGAAGUUUGGCAGAAAGAAGACAGUGGAGGACAGAGCACUUGAAAUAGCAAACCAUGUGGACAAGCUGUAUCGCCCCGUGGGUGUGCGUGUGAUGCUGGUCGGCCUGGAUAUCUGGUCAUACAAGGAUCAAAUAGAGGUCAGCUCUAACCCUGAGACCACCCUCGUCCGCUUCUUAGAGUGGCGUCGGCGGACCCUGCUGCCCAGGACCAAGCACGACAACGCGCAGUUCAUAACCGGCGUGGAUUUUGACGGCUCCACUGUCGGUUUAGCAAACACCAAUGCAAUGUGCACAUCUAACUCCGGAGCUGUCAAUGAGGACCACAACAAAAACUCAAUAGGAGUGGCCUCCACUAUUGCACACGAGAUGGGUCACAACCUGGGCUUGUCCCACGACACUGAAAACUGUGUCUGUGGAUCCUCGACAUCCCAUAAAGGCUGCAUCAUGGCUGAGAGUGUUGGUUUUGUGUAUCCAGAGCGGUUCAGCAGCUGCAGUCAGCAGCAGCUCAGCAGGUUCUUGGAGGAGAUCAACCCCGCCUGUCUGCUGGAUACUCCCUCCACCGAUCGUAUCUUUGGGGGGCCGGUGUGUGGGAAUGCUUUCCUAGAGCCUGGAGAGGAUUGUGACUGUGGCACUGUAGAGGAAUGUAAGAAUCCCUGCUGCAACGCCACCACCUGCAAACUGAAUGCAGGAGCUCAGUGUGCAGAGGGAGAGUGCUGCCACAAGUGCCAACUGAAGCCGACAGGCAGCGUCUGCCGACCAAAGGAAGGAGACUGCGACCUGGCAGAGUACUGCACUGGUUUCUCUGCCGCCUGUCCCACUGACGCCUACACCCAAAAUGGCCUGUCCUGCAACCGUGGUAAAGGAUACUGCUACAAUGGACAAUGUCCUUCACGACAGGAACACUGCAAAAGACUUUGGGGACCAGAUGCUGAUGUAGCUGCAGAUUCUUGUUUCUACCUGCAUGGAAACUGCAGAAGGACACUGUUCAGCCAGAAAUGCUCCAGCCGAGAUCAAGCCUGUGGGACUCUGUUCUGCUCUGGAGGAUGGGAAUUCCCAGUGACAUCCAGGAAGUCCUUUUACAAAGUAGGAAACGGAGAAAUAUGCAACGAGGCAACUAUGAACCCCGAAGACAACUAUCCAUCGGAUCUAGGAAUGGUACCUACUGGCACCAAGUGUGGCACCAACAUGGUAUGCUACAACCAACGGUGUCAAGAGAUGAAGAACAUAAAAACGUAUCGAACAAAUGACUGCUCUGCCAAAUGCAACAACCGCGGGGUUUGCAACCAUGAGGGCAAAUGUCACUGCGACCCCGGCUGGGCUCCACCUUACUGUAAUGUGCAGCAUUCAGAACUGCCUGAAGAGCCAGACCUGGUUGUGCUGAUAGUGUCACUGGUGGUUGGCUUCCUUCUGCUUUUGGUCCUGGUCAUUGUGAGUUCGAUGUGCUGCCUCAAGAAAAAGAGACCUGCAAAGAGAUGCUUCCCAUCCUCCUCAGGACAAUUCAACCCCGUGUUUCGGUCGAGCAGCACACGAGGCAGCCCUCGCCUUGGGUCCACACACAUCAGCCAGCCUACAUUUUUGGAGUCAUCUGCUUCUCAAGUCUGUAAACCUCUCUUCUCCGCCCCUGUCAGACCACAGACUGGAGGACCGAAGCCCAGCAGAGCAGCUCCAGAGCCACCCAGGAAACAACCAGCUGUAUCUCAGCCAUCAAUGUUCCAACAGGUUGCAAGGCCAUUCAUGCAGCCGUCAAGUGUGUCAAGGAACCCAGUCUACACUGAGGCUAAGCCUCUACCUCCGUCCAGACCUCUGCCACCACUUACAACAAAACCUAUCAUGAAGCCAAAGCCUCCAAUGCCUCCAGUGAAGCCAAAACCCCCUACAGUACUUUCUUCACUGCCACACACUCAGCUGCUCGGAGGGAGAGCUGCCCUGAUCCCCCCCAGCAGGCCCAGAUGACAGAGAAACUAAUUCGUCUUAGCGUAAACAUUGAGAUCCUCUGACAGAGGACGUUGUCUUUGUCCCACCUAGAAGGACCAAGCAGAUCCUUUCAGGAGACGCUCGUCUGUUUCGAAAGUGGAAACCAGACCCGCUGAGGGAUCAGCAACAUUAAGUGACAGAGCUUUUCUGUCAACUGUGGUCUCCCUGAGGAUUACCGCUGUCUGUGUCUUGCUUACAUAGACUUUCAUAUGCUGAUGAAAACCUGAAGUUAUGAUCGACACACUUCUGUGCUUUAUUGAUGACGAAUGGCUAAGUUGCCAUGAUGAUUUUUUUUUAAAGGGAAAUGUCUCAGUGCCUUGAUCCUGAGAUAUGUGAAAACUGCAAGACAACUGCACUGUCCAUGCUGUGUUUUACUAACUGUUUACUAAUUUCUCUCACAUGGUUUUGGUACUGCCUUUUUUUUUUUAGAAAUAAUGUUGUUAAGGGAGUUUAAAUUGUGGCACUUUACGUUAUUGUUUUCAAUUUUAAAAGUACAAAUUACAAUUUUUCUUUUACUCUUUUUGUACUAACCUACUUUAUGUAUGCUUGAUUUAAUGGGGCUGAAUUGUUACAUGCUGUUUUGUAUUGACCUGAUACAUGUUGAUUGUAAUUCUCCAAGGGAUUUUAUAUUGAUUACUCUAUGCAGCCAGAUCGCAAGGUCCUUCAUCGGUUUGUCCUGCAAACUCUGAACUCAGAAUUUUUUUAUUUAUUGAGAUUCACUUCUUUCUGCUUGUAAAAUUGAAGCUUACAAUAAAUAACUUAAAUCAA